AUGUCUAAAUUAGACAAACGGUCUACUUCGAGAUCGUUUUCUUGCAGGACAAGCAACGAGUGGUGGUUCGACGAUAUGUCGAUUCUCGGACCAAAAAUCAUCGAAAAGCUGAUAAAGAAUCUCGGAAGUUAUGAUAAGAACAAUGACAGUUUAGUCCUAACAAGAUUUCUCCUCCAUUACCUCAAGACAAAGGUCCAUAGCAAAUCAAACAACAAACUCGAGUACGCAGGUUUAGCUGAUACAGCGGUUCAAGGAGUGAUUUUCGCGGCGAAAACCGCGUUUUCCUGCAGGAAACUCUUCUGGGUUUUACGGGUUUUAUCGGGUUUUAGCAUCAGCAAAGAAUCAAGAAUUGGUUUAGAGAGAGUUAUAGGAGAAAUGUUGGAUCAAGCAACACUUGAUGAUCUUCUGAUACCUGAAGGAGGAAGAGGAGAAAAAGGGUUUUACGAUGUGGAUUUGGUGAUAAGAUUACUCAAAGUCUUUGUGAAAAGUUGCAACACUAAAGAAGAUCAGAAUGUGAAAAUGUUAAGAAUUGGGAAAUUGAUUGAUAAGUAUUUAAGAGAGAUAUCUCCAGACCAGAAGCUUAAAGCGUCAAAGUUUCUUCAAGUUGCAGAGAGUUUGCCAGAUUCAGCUAGAGAUUGGUUUGAUGGAUUAUUCAGAGCCAUUGAUAUCUAUCUUGAGUCUCAUCAAGAUCUAUCAUCCGAAGAUAGAACAAGACUAUGUCGAUGUCUAAACUACAAGAAACUCACAUUGGAGACAUGUAAACAACUUGCAAAAAAUCCCAAAAUCCCUCCAAAUAUUGCAGUUCAAGCACUCAAGUCACAACAAUUACCAAACGAAACUCUUCCACCAAACAAGAGCAGAAAUUCACGUAAGUAUUUAAAAGAGAAACCAAUAAUGGUGCGUUUGAAAGGAUUUGAGAUUUCGGAGAAAUUAGUUGACGGGCUUGAAGAUGAUCUAAGGAUGAAUAUGGAGAGGAAGUAUUGGAAUAAAGUGAUGGAUGGUUCUGAAAAAGUUUGUAAGGAAAAGAAGAGUGAAGUAGUGACAAGAAUGGGGAGACUUGGACAUAAACAUUCAAGUUCUAAUUUUCCAAGGCUUUGUUAA